GGGACACGCGGUAAGGUGUACCACUGAACACCUUGAGCAGUGGUUGGAGGAUGGCAUAUACAGCGGCACCACGAGAUCCACCACCACAAUCUCAAGGUUUCAGAUCCAUAUCACCCCGACCAGGAUACCCGAUCCAACACCCGACGCAGAUCCAGAUACCCCAGUUGAGAUACCCGCACUCGCACCAGCAACCCCGUCCACCACCGACAUCUUUCCCGAACCCUGCCCCAACCCGACGCCCCCUUCCAACCCCAAAGUCACGCCCAGAAUCCCUCCCACCACCUGCACGUGCCGCUCAGACCCCCGCUCCGUCACGUCCGGCACCUAUCCCGGCCCCGGCCCCUUCACGUCCUGCCAUCCUCGCACAUGCUGCAUCCCUCGAGAGCACCAACAUUAAUAAUCACACCAGACGCCCGCUGCCUAACCCAGGUGCCAAGUCAACUAAACAUGCAAGCUUGGAUCUUCGUGCUCAGUUAGAGCACAAUCCAGCAGAACCAGGUCUAAACAGUGCCGUAAGCUCCCAAACCAGCGCAGCUAGUUUCUCCCCCUUUUCUGCUUCAAGUGGUGCCUCCAGCUUUUCUAGUCCAGCUCCUUCCUCCAGCGCCGCACAAUCAUCUGCUUUCUCAAAUCACCCCCCAUCAUCAGCCUACCCAAAUACACCACCAUCUGCAAGUUUUCGUCAUACGCCAUCCCAUAAUUACAGCGGCCCGGGUCCAGCAUCUAGCUACCCCCAUGUCGCUCCACUAAUAGAUGUGCGAGCUCUUCCACUCUCUUCUGCCCCGGCCAAAUUCACCCCUCACUGGAAACGUGACCUGCCAGGACCAGGGCCACCACCACAGCCCAAUGAGUCGUCCUCUCGUGUGGGGCCAUUCAUGGAGCGCAGGAGCACGGUGUCCGGCUCGGCUGUCCCAUCAACCCUUGGUGCUACUAACAGUUUCCCCGCCCCUGCGACUUCAAACAACUAUCCCUUUGCCCGUUCGGUAAGCCCGGAGCGGGAUCCCACAAGUGGCAUAGAUCGUGCCCAGACAGUCAUUCACCGCGCCCAAACACAAACAUCGGUCGGCCGCCGUCCCUUGCCAUCUAUUGGCAAUAGAUCCCCACCGGUACCCCCACUUCCAGGCAGUUCACGUAGUCCGCCCCAACCGGGUAGUUCGCGCUCGCCGCCUGUUCCAGGGAGCUCACGUUCUCCUCCGGCCAUCCCAGGUUCCUCGCAGAGCCAACCAGUUCCAGGCAGUUCGCGUUGGCCUCCAGAGCCAGGGAGUUCACGUGGUCCACCUAUACCAGAUGGCUUUCGCUCUCCACCAGUUAUGUCACCCCGUCCCCCGCCUAUCUCUGGCAGUUCAAGAUCGCCACCAGUACCAGCGAGCUCUGUUUCACAGAUGGCACGUAUGAUAAGCAACGCACCCUCUACCUCAUCCACGCUCACAGAGUUCUCUCGUUUAUCGUCUUCGACGAUGCAUUCGAUGCAUACGCGGACGGCUGCGACCACUGAUGAUGAGUCCAACCCAAGCGACGUGGGUGAUGAGUAUGAUAAAAAAAUUGAUGGACGCCAAGAAGAAAGAGAGUAUGGUAAUAGAAAGGGAGACCAUAGACAGCAGCGCAGUAGGUAUAACGAGCAGAAGGAGGCUCAUAGGGAACGCGAUAUACGUAGUCCGGGAGAACCGGGCAACGUGUCCCCACAAUACGGCAUCCACGACCUCCCUCGGCGCACUCAUCCUUCUCAACCAUCCCAACCCCAAGCCCAUAUUCGGGAAAGACAAUGGACUCGGACGCGCCCGACUCGCGCGGCGACUCUCCCGACUCCCCCAUCUCAGUCACCCAACGAUAUCCAGGACAACGAACCGCAAUCGCUCACACUGCGCAUGGCCGCACUCGGAUUAUCUCCUUCUCAGUCACCCUCGCACACGCAAAACGACCUAAGCAGGCAACCCUCGAUGCACAGUUCGAUGCAAAGUUCGCGCUCGUCUUCGCCGAGCUUCGACCUCGGAAGCCACCCGCUACUGCAGCACGUGCCGUCGUCAAGGGAACAAGAACUCGACAACCUGUCCAAACGCCCAUGUUUGCAGCGUGGCAAGUCUGUGAUUGAGGGACUCCAAAGGCAUCCUUUUGCAUCCUCCCCAGUGGAGAGACGGGUAUCAGGCAGGAGUCGAAGCUUAGUGCGUGAGCAGGAGCACCGAAGCAAGUCGCCUGCACUCGAGCAAUCCCCCAUACGUGAACCCUCACCCACGCGCAGUCAGUGGCCACAUAACAUCCCGCCGCUUCCCCGCGCACCGCUAUCGCCUGCUGGGACCUCACCUUUUUCACCUGAGUUUAAUGCCUCUGGGUCUGGUGGUGACGCAAAUAGCUCCCCUACACGAUCCGCUUUCGCGCGGCCCGCAUCUCCGGUCAAGAAUUCUGUGUUCCAUACAUCUGGGUUUUCGCGCCCUACAUCACCAUCAAAGUCACCCCUACCGACACCCCCCAACUCUACACUCGCACGCGCCGAGGCAGGAGGGGCGCCUGUAUACCCCUCCCCACGAAAAGCGAGCGGUGGAAAAGGCCCGUUUGGGUCACAAAAUCAAAAUUCACGUCCCAAUUCGCCACAAAAAUCAUCCAAUGCGUAUGCAUCGCCAACGCUACCCUCUUCGACCUCCCCGCCGAAGCUAGCCUACCUUAGCAGCUCGAGCGCACGGAACGCGUUCCCUCCCAGCGCAUUCCCAUCUUCGUUCCCCUCUCAUCCGACCACAUCAAAUUCACACAUCAUGGAGCGUCAGCGCCAAAAACAGCGUGCAUACGUAUCCACAUACGACCUUGACGACGAGCCGCCUGUUUCGCCGCUCCGUGAGCGUGUGGGUCUGCCUUCGCCUAAUGCGUCUCGCUCGCCUUCCCCUUCCGACUUUGGGGCGCGCGUAGGUGGACGUUCUGCAUCCAGAGGCCGCACAAACAAGGACCAGGACUAUGGUUAUUGCAAUGAGGAUGACGGGGACGAGCGUUCGCCCUCACCCAUCCGUUUCGCGAAGCGCUCCUCGACCCAGUUCUCCGUAUUGGAGAUGGACUUUGUAGGUGGGCAGGAUGUGCCGAAGUGGCAUCGUACGCCGGCGUCCAGGAGUGCAGGGGGGCGUACGAAUGAUGAGGGUAGACGUGCGGAUGUGGGCGCGCCGGUUAUCUCUCUCCCUGGUGGGCAUGUUGACUUUGAUCAGGACAGUGAUAAUGGUGGUGGCGCCGCGGUACCGUCGAGCAAGACGCAUGAGUCGCCGCCAAGGAUUGCUGUUUCAAGCGCUACGCCGCCGAGAGUGACGGGUUCGCGUGCUACGCCGCCGAGGGUGGCUGUUACUAGUUCGACGCCGCCGCGUGUGACUGUUAAUGCGUCAACGCCACCGCGUAUCGCCGUGUCAGGCUCAUCUUCACCUCGUAUAGCUGUGUCGGGAUCACCACCUUCCCCUCCACAGUCUUCUGUAUCCUCACCGUCCACUCGACAAACAUCCGUAUCAUCACCAUCUACACCCAAGAUAUCUGUGUCUAUUCCCAGUUCCUCUCCAAGGCAGCCUACCUCAUGGCACACGUCAGCGCCAUCCCAGGAGAAGAAACGUCUCCCACCGCCUCCAGGCCAAACUGGACCAAGAGGUGGAGGAGGACAAAACAAUGUGUUCAAUGCGCAGAGUGCAGGUAAAAUAUCAGGAGUGCUGAGCGGUAUGCGUGGGAACGGGCUCUCAUGCGCAGGGUGUGGCGGUCCUAUUAUUGGACGCAUUGUCAGCGCGAUGGGACAACGCUGGCAUCCAGGGUGUUUCUGUUGCUCCGCGUGCAAUGAGCUCCUUGAGCAUGUCUCGAGCUUCGAGCACGAGGGAAAACCGUAUUGCCAUCUUGAUUACCACGAGAACUUUGCGCCUCGUUGCUAUCACUGCAAAACGGCGAUUAUUGACGAGCGGUUCAUCACGCUUGACGAUGAGGCGCUGGGAAAGCGGACGUAUCACGAGCAGCACUUUUUUUGUGCGGAGUGCGGGGACCCGUUCCUCCCGCCGUCUUCCGGGAAUGGCGGUUUGACGGUCACGGGUGAUGGCGAGUUCGAUCUUGACGAUGACGUUGGUUUCACGGUAUACAAGGGCCACCCAUACUGCGAGGCGUGCCACGUCCGUCUGCGUAUGCCAAAAUGCAAGGGUUGCAAGAAGUCGAUUAGGGAUGGAAUGCGCGCUGUUGAGGCUUUGGGAGGCAAAUGGUGUUGGGAGUGUUUCGUAUGCGAGGGCUGCAAGAACCCUUUUGAAGAUCCAUCGUUCUUUUUGCGCGAAAAUAAGCCGUUUUGCGAGCCGUGCUUUAGUUUGAUAUUGCGGAAUGAGGUGUGAGUUGUGGUUCGAAUAAUUUAUUCCUUGCUUUCGUUUUCAGUUUUUUGGCGCGUAUUUUUGGGAUAUGCUAGCUAUUUUGCAAUCGACAAUAAUGUCUACAUAUCUAAUAUUUGAAGUUUCUUCAAAUGCU